UAUAACUGUCUCUGAACUGAAGACCAUUCGGGACACGAAAAGAAACAGAAACACCAAAACAAUACACAACACUCACUAAACCCUGAAACCUAAACUUAACCAAAGCCAAAGUCACUGGCUUUAUUUCUGCUUUGCUCAACCUUUCGCAGAUAGAUAGGGUUUCAACUGAUCGAAACAUGUUUAACAGGAUACUAUCAUUUGCUAAACCUAAACAAGAAACCAAUGCUGUUGUCACAUUGGACAAGUUAAACAAGACGCUUGAGAUGCUGGAGAAAAAGGAGGAAUUUCUCCUUAGAAAGCGGAAUGCGGAAGAGGAAAAGGCCAAAACAUUCAUCAGGGUAAAGAACAAAAGAGGGGCAACACAAUGUCUGAUGAGAAAGAGGUUAUAUGACCAGCAAAUCCAGCAGCUUCUAAAUUUCCAGUUGCGUAUUCAUGACCAGAUGAUAAUGUUGGAGGGUGCUACAGUCACCACAGACACGAUAGAUGCAUUGAGAACUGGAGCAGCUACUAUGAAGGCAAUGCAAAAGGAAACGAAUAUUGAUGAUGUUGACAAGACCAUGAAUGAGAUCAAUGAACAGACUGAGAACAUGAGACAAAUUCAGGAAGCAUUGUCAGCUCCAAUUGGUUCAACUGCUUAUUUUGAUGAGGAUGAAUUGGAAGCAGAACUUGAAGAACUGGAGGGUGCUGAGUUAGAAGAACAGCUUCUUCGGCCAGCAACUACAGCUCCUGCAGCUCCAGUGCAGGUCCCAGCUUGGCGGCAACCUACUGUCACAGCUCCUGCAAAGCCUACUCCUGAAGAAAAUGAUGAAUUGGCAGCCUUGGAAGCUGAGAUGGCAUUUUGA